AUGGCGGCGGUAAGCCCUGAGGACGACGAGGGCGAGGGUCAAUUAGGCGACCCAGAUAGCAAGUUUACGCUCAGCGAGCUUGAGGACACAAUUGUGGUCGGUGGCCAUGGUAUGAGGGGAGGCCAGAAACCGGCUGACAGAAGCAACACAUUCGAGGCAAACGAAGACGAAGUGAUGGAAGGCGCGUCAACGAAUCAAAGCAAGCUCGACGGCGCUGAUGCCGCCGGUCAAAAUUCGCCUACUUCGGCCACCAGCUUAAACAAGUUAAAGCCCACUCGCCAGAGUCUGGGUGUUCCCGGGGCCAAGGGUGUUCUUCUUGGAACAUGGAGAGACUCUAAUGUUCCUGACGACGACAAGAAGCACGCCGUUAUUGGCUUCAUCGACGUUAGGGAUCGUCUCUGA